ACCACACCACACACCACCAUCCACGCACUGCUAGUAAGCGAGCUUAGCUACUGAUCGUCGUCAAGCACUCUCGAGCUCGAUCUCUCGAAGCGGCUAGCUGCUAGCAGCCAAUUAAUGGCGAAGCCUUCGCAGGUGCUGGUGUCGGCGCUCGCCGCCUGGGCGGUGGUCCUGCUGCUGCUGUGCGCCGCCGCGCCGCGGGGCGCCGACGCGGCCACGGCGUGCGACGCCGCGCAGCUGACCCCGUGCGCGGGCGCCAUCAUCGGGAGCUCGCCGCCCACCGCGGCGUGCUGCAGCAGGCUCAGGGAGCAGCAGCCGUGCCUGUGCACGUACGCGCGCGACCCCAAGCUGCAGCGCUACGUCAGCUCGCCCAACGGCAAGAACGCCAUGGCCGCGUGCAAGGUGCCCGUGCCGUCGUGCUAAUUUAAACUUCUGUUAGCGCCGCCGCCGCCGCGCGCGUACGUACGUGUCGUGACUCGUGAGGCGUACCUGUGUCGGUAGCAGCAUGGCCCACUGGACAGGGACAGAGUGUGGCGUCGCUUUUUUUCUGUUUCAGUACGUACGUACUUGGAUCGCGGAAGCCCGUGUAUGCGUGUUCCGUUGUGGUGUUGCUGUACUCGAUCUGCUGCAUGUGUGUAUCUACCGAGCUCUUCGGACAGAUACGCGUGCGUAUGAAUAAAUGAUGUAAUAACGACGUGUGCAUCCGCUAUAUAUAUGCAUAUCUAUACAUAUGCUUU